AUGGUUGGAUCUUCCAAGAUAAACAGAAAGGAAGGGAACGUACCCGUCGAGCAUGAAUGUCCACUGAAUCUUCUUCCUCGCAAUAUAUGGGUGAGAAUUGCCACUAAGGUUGCAUCGAAUUCGAUUCAUGAUAUGUUCAACAUGCAGGCGAGUUGCAAAGUUUUUCUGGAUGCAGCGAGUUCCGAAACUGUGUACCAACAUGUGACGAUGCGUGUUAUACCGUUAGUGUCUUUUUUAUUUUACCUUGACUGGCCAGAGAGGAGGUUCAUCGAUCGCUGCAUUGAAGCAGGAAAUGCGGAUGCUAUACUCCGACAGGGGUUGACGGAGUAUUUCUGGAUUGGACGCCGUGGCAUUGGGAUGGAACUACUUUCUAGGGCCUGGAUGGAGGUCAGCGUCGAAGCAGGUUACCUGUCUGCCAUGUUGCUACUGUGUGAUCAUGAGAACGAAGAAGAAAUGUAA